UGCCUCGCUUUGCAGGAAGCGGAUGCAGGCUGCUCUCCGGUGUUGUGUUGAUUUCUAGAGAGAGAGCAGGAAAAGAAGACUUGACGUUUGGAGAAACGUAAACAUCCUUCUCAGUGUUGUAGUGUCUGUCUCACUUCUUAACUGAAAAGUCAAAGAAAUUCGAGUAAGUCCUUGAGUCAGUCAGUCCAUGGAAAAAAUCUAACGAUGUUCAGCUUUGAGGGAGAUUUCAAGACAAGACCCAAGGUGUCCCUUGGAGGAGCGAGUAAAAAGGAGGAGAAGGCAUCACUGUUGCACCGCACUCAAGAAGAGAGACGGAAAAGAGAAGAUGAAAGAAGACGACUGAAGAACGCCAUUAUCAUUCAGUCCUACGUACGUGGUUACCAAGACUUGAAAAAACAGUAUGCCAUACAGCGGGCAAAGUUUGACGAGCGUGUCAGCCAGACGCAGUCGGGAGGAGCUCAACACGCCCUGGAUGGCGUUGGUCUCUGCCUCUUAUCAAGACAAUUAAUAUUUUUCUACAGACAGAGUGUGGAUGCCCAUAGAUUGAUAUGGCUGUGCCAGAACCUGGUGAAGCACAACGGCCAGUUUGUGAAGCUGUUGGUGGGCCCACAGAAGAAGACAUGCGUGUUUCAGAUCAAGAGGAUCUUAGGCUUCUGCUGCAGACUCUUGCAGAGCUGCACGGAUGACAGUUUAAAUGUUGCAGUUCCCAUGCGAAUGCUAGAAAUCUUUUCUACAGAGAGAACCUAUCUUCCCGUUAUUCCAGAUGCUAAUAAUGUAGCUUCAUUACUCGAGCAGAUUUUGCACUACAUGGUACAGAAAGGAUACUACAGGUCGCUGUAUAUUCUUGUGAAUCACAGGCUCCCUUCCAGUCUGGAGUACAGCGACGCUCCCACUAUCCCCCUGGCAAGCACACUGUUGGAGCACAUCCUCAAACCUCUGCACUUUACCUACUCCUCCUGCACAACAGGCGCAAGGCAGUUUGUAUUUGCGGCUUUUACCGAGGAGUUCAUCUCUGCUCCGUUUACUGAGCAGAUCUUUCACUUCUUUGUCCCGGCACUAUCAGACUUCCGUCACUCAUUCCCUUUCGAGGCCUUCCUGAGCUCCCUCCAGGGCACGAUCAACUCCUCUUCAGCAGCACAGAGCCAAGCACCGUGGCUGUUUUAUUUUGUCCUCUCUGCAGGGGAGAACCGCCUAGGCUCACUAUCAGAGGAGGGUCUCCUGUUGUACCUCCGGGCCCUGCAGACGCUGCUGCCGCUGCUGCCGGUGUCAGAAAGCAGCAACAGGCCAGAAGUGAGCAGCGACUCGGAGGAUGACGAUGACGCUGGCAUCCAGCCGCUACCCAUGCAGGAUGACAGCCGGAUUUCAGUUCAGCUGAUAACAGAAGAGUGUGUCCACAAAUUGGACACCAAACACCAGACUAACGCCCUGCUCAACCUGGUGUGGAGGGAUUCAGCCAGCGAGGAGGUCUUCACCAUGAUGGCAUCCAUCUGUCACACGCUGAUGGUGCAGCAUCGUCUCAUGGUGCCAAAAGUCAGACUUCUGUACAGCUUAGCUUUCAAUGCACGCUUCCUGAGACAUCUCUGGCACCUCAUCACCUCCAUGACAACUAAGAUGAUCACUGGGUCUAUGGUGCCGCUCUUACAGCUGAUCUCCCGAGGGUCUCCCAUGUCCUUUGAGGACUCCAACCGCAUCAUUCCUGUCUUCUAUCUCUUCAGCUCUCUCUUCAGCCACUCUCUUAUCUCCGUGCAUGACAGCGAGUUUUUCGGACAUGCAAUGGAAGGUCAGACGCAGUCCUCCAUGAUGCCCUUCACGCUGUUAGAGCUGGUGACUUUGUCUCGCUGUCUGAGAGAUGCAUGUCUGGGUAUCAUCAAGCUGGCCUACCCAAAGACCAAAGCAGAGCACAGAGAGGAGUACAUGGCUGCCUUCCGUAGUGUGGGGGUCAAGACGAACACCGAGGUUCAGCAGCAUAUCCAGGCCGAACAGAAGCGCUGGGUGCAACUCUUCAAGGUCAUCACUAACUUGGUGAAGAUGGUGAAAGCUCGUGACAUCCGCCGACCCUUCUGUCCGGCAGGUCACUGGCUGUCGGAGGAGGUCAAUAUCCGGGCCGAUAAGGUCACCCAGCUGUACGUCCCAUCUGCAGAAACACACACGUGGUGUGGAGAACACUCUUUUUUAAAGCAAUCGCUAAAAUAUCGAACACUGUGGUUUUUUGUAGUUGGUUUAGAGCCUCCACAGCUGUCUGUGUCCGAGGAAAGACAUCUGGCCAUCCUCACCGAGCUCCCAUUUGUGGUGCCCUUCGAGGAGCGAGUGAAGAUCUUCCAGAGGUUAAUCUUCGCCGACAAGCGAGAUGUGCAGGGGGACGGCCCGUUCCCCGACGGCAUCAAUGUCACCAUCAGACGCAACUACAUCUAUGAGGAUGCCUACGACAAACUCUCUCCAGAAAACGAACCGGACUUAAAGAAGAGGAUCAGAGUGCACCUGCUGAACGCUCACGGACUGGAUGAGGCGGGAAUCGACGGCGGUGGGAUCUUUCGCGAGUUCCUCAAUGAGCUCCUCAAGUCGGGCUUCAACCCCAACCAGGGCUUCUUCAAGACGACCAACGAGGGCCUGCUGUACCCCAGCCCCGCUGCAGAGAUGCUGGUGGGAGACUCGUUCACCAGACACUACUACUUCUUAGGCAGGAUCCUCGGAAAGGCGCUCUAUGAAAACAUGCUGGUGGAAUUGCCCUUUGCGAGUUUCUUCCUGUCCAAGCUUCUUGGAACCAGCGCAGAUGUGGACAUUCACCACCUGGCCUCCCUGGACCCAGAGAUGUAUCGCAACCUGCUCUUCCUCAAGAGCUAUGAGGGUGACGUGGAAGAGCUGGGCCUUAACUUCACCGUGGUCAACAAUGAUCUGGGAGAAGCUCAGGUGGUUGAGCUGAAGCCUGGAGGCAAAGAUAUUCCUGUGACCACGGCAAACCGAAUAGCCUACAUCCAUCUGGUGGCUGACUACAGGCUCAACAAGCAGAUCAGGCCUCACUGCCUGGCCUUCAGACAGGGUCUGGCCAAGGUGGUCAACCUGGAGUGGCUGCGCAUGUUUGACCAGCAGGAGAUUCAGGUUCUGAUAUCUGGGGCUCAUGUGCCAAUUUGUCUCGAUGACCUAAAAAACUUUACAAACUACUCAGGCGGGUAUUCAGCCACUCACCCCGUCAUCCAGAUCUUCUGGGAGGUGGUCGAAGGAUUCACAGAUGAAGAAAAGCGCAAGUUGCUGAAGUUUGUCACCAGCUGCUCCAGACCACCGCUGCUGGGCUUCAAGGAGCUUUACCCGGCCUUCUGCAUCCACAACGGAGGGACUGACCUGGAUCGCCUGCCCACCGCCAGCACCUGCAUGAACCUGCUCAAGCUCCCCGAGUUCUGCGACCAGCACCUGAUGAGGAACAAGCUGCUGUACGCCAUCGAGUCAUCCUCCGGGUUCGAGCUGAGCUGAGCUGUGCUGUGCCUCCAGACAUGGACUCCACAGAGGUGGCUUUGGGGUGAAAGACUGAAAAUAGACGAGGGGAAGCAAACCAUGCACUGACUGAUUUUACUGUUUGUGUGCGUGCGUGCGUGCGUGCAUGUGUGUGUGUGUGCGUGCCAAGCCGAUGGUGAGGAAAUGCUCCCCCACAGACUGAAAGAAGGGUCCUUUUAAAUCAUUUGAAAUGUUGAAUCCCUUCUUAUUCUUCAGACAGAUCAGCAGCUCAGUUAAAUUUUGCAGAAGGUAUUUUGUGCAUACAUUAAAAACAAACAAAAAACAAACAAACAAUCGUGUAACUGAAUGGAGAAAUGUUUUCACCAAAGAUUAAGCGGCAUCAUGUUGAAACUGAAAAAGGCAAUAUAACAACAGACUGGGGGGACAGAGUGGGGAGGACUGUAAAGCCACUUUGUGGUGUGCCAAGGGCUGCGGAGGUGGGAGGAGCUUUUGUGUACAGCCGUCAUGAAUUUUCACGUAGAGGUCGGUGAACCUGCAGGUUUUUGUGAUUUCUCGAAUUGUUAUUAUUCCUAGUAUUAACCGUCGUGUCUGAUAACGAUACAGUAAGUGUGCACACGCCAUCUGAAGAAUAGAAAUGACUUGUCUUGCUGGAUGUUUGGGGAGGGGAGCACUGAAGGGUUUUUUUUUUUUUGUGAAUAUGUAUAUGUUUACAGCUGCUCUUGUUAUAUUCAUCUAUUCAGUAUUUGUACAGGUUUGUUUUUCCUCUCUCCUUUUUGCGUGACGAGUUUCUGUUUUCACACACGUCUGCUUUAAGGUGAACGACCCCCCCCCCCCUUCCUCCUGCAAGUUUGCUUUUUAGAGGGGGGAAGCAGCAACUGUGUCAUGUUUGAUGAGGCUUAUAGAUUAUCAGUGUACCAACAGGCUGAAAAAAAAUAAGAGUGUAUGGAAACAAAUAAACCCACUUUUCUUUUCUUUUCGA